UUUGCGCUUAUUAAGCAAGUACCAUUCUUGUAAAGAAACAACUACACAAACAGUAAACCAACAACAACAACAACAAAAAAAAAUAAAAAAAUGAAUUGCCAUUGCAUUGCAUAAUGCAAUAAAAAAAAUAAAAUACUUACAUAUAUGAACCUAUAGCUUCAUCUUCCUAACCAUAUCUGUUCUUCUAUUUUUUUUUUUUCUUAAUCCCCUGCAUGCUUACCCUAUUUAUAUUUAUCAUUUUCUUUCAGGGGAAAAAGAAAAUAACAGCUUUUGAGUUUUUAUUACAUACAUAUUUACACAAACACAAAGACACAUCUUGAUAUGAUUGAGAUAUAUCUAUGAUAAAACAUUAAUUAACUACAAGACUAUCUGUUGGAUCCUGACUAUUCAAACAAGGCGAGCCACUCGCUAAUUUGUCAGGAUUCAGCAGGGAGGAGAAACACAAUCAUGUUGAGAAACCGCAGGCAAAAUGGGGGGUCUCCAAGAUACCCAGCUUCUCCAACGAGUAGUCCAUCAAGUUCUCCAAGAAUAAUAGUAACUCGAAACAUAGGUGGUUCCCCUACAAGUCGACAUGAGGUGGGAGAGAUUGAUACCAGAUCACCUUUUCAAUCCGUUAGAGCUGCUGUUACUUUGUUUGGCGAAGCUGGUAUUGCUACUCGUGCUUCAUCCCCACAGAAGGCUAAUAAUAAGCCUAUCAGCAACACCUUUAAGAAAUCAAAAACUGUCGAAGAGGGGGUGCAGGAGAAGGAGAGUCAGCUUAACUUGGCCCUCAGACAAGUCGACAGCUUCAAACAACAGAUAAGAAGCACCGAGACUACAAAAGGCCAUGCCCUCCGUGAGCUCCAAAAUGCCAAGACAACUUUGCAGGAGCUCACAACCCAGCUUCAAACAUUAUGCAAAUCAAAGCAAGCAGCUAUUCAGGAAACACAGGCUGCAACUGCACGCGCCACACAACUACGACUUGAUAUUGCACAUUCCACGCAAUCUCUUAGAGAAGCUAAGGAAGAAGCAGACAGGAACAAAUUCGAUUCUCAUCAUCAUCAUCAACUUCUAGUGGAAACUAGUAAGGGGAUUCAAGUCUUACAAGAACAACUCAACAGCGUCCGUGCCUUGGAUCUGGAUUCUUACACCAAAGCAAGUUCAGAGCUUGAUCUUACGAAAAACACAUUUCAAGAUAUUGUCGCAGAAGAAAGGUCAUUAAGAAGUCUGUUGGAUUCCAUUCAAGCAGAAUUAGAUAGCUUGAAGGGUCAUAACUCUCAACUAAAAAAGAAGGCAGAUGAAGCAGAAGCCAUUGCUGAGAAAUUGCGUUUAGAUCUUGAUAACAGCAAGCUGAAAGAGAAGCGAGAUGCAAUCCAUCAGUUUACUUGUGAGGCUGUUCAGUUUCUAAAGGAGGCAGAGGAGAUGAAGAAGAAGGUGGAACUACUCAGACAAGAAACUGUCACAGCUCGAGCUGCAGUUAAGGAAGCAGAAGAAGGACUGAAAGUUGCACUAAGAGAAGAUGAAGAGGCGAAAGAGGCAGGGACGCUUGCAAGUGAUCAGAAUCAUAUUAUAGAGGAGGAAAAGAUCAAACUGGCAGUUGAGAAGUACGAAGAUUUCAGCAAAAAAGUUGAAAAAAUCAGAACUGAGGUUGACACAAAAGUUGCUGCUGCCAUGGCUCAAGUAGAAACUAUAACUGCGAAUGAAAAGGAAGUUCUCAUGAAAGUGGAGGCAGGUCUGAAAGAGAAGCAGGACAUGGAAGUUGCAAUCAAGGAAGCUUUGAAGGCGGCAGAGAUGGCUGAGGCAGCCAAAAAGGUCAUUGAGGGCCAACUGCGAAAAAAACUAUCAAGAAAACGAGGAUGGAGAAUCUUCUAAGGGCACAGGAAGAAACAAAGUUUUGCGAUCAUCCAGAAAUCUGAAUUCAUUAUUUCAAAAACAUCUCUAAGCUUUAACAAAUAUGGCAAAAGGAGUCGAAUCAUUGCUUGUACAUAACUGAAUGAUUUUUGGUUUUAAAAGAAAAAAAGGAAGCAAACUUCCUGCUCUCC